GAAGUGUAUGGAGAGACGACAGAGCGGAGACAGUACCGCGAGAAGAGAGUCAACAACUUAGCGGGAGUCGCCUUAAGCUGCUCGCACGUGCUGCUGCUUCGCCCAUUGAAUUCUAAAAAGAAAAUGUGUGAGCGGCUUAUGUCAGUAGGUAGUUAAAGUUCAGUUCAGUCAAGGAAUCCCUCCUCAACCAUUCUCUUCAGUCUCGUCGUCGACACUCGUUUUUCCAGAUUCCAUAGACUUCCUCAAUUCCCGGAUCUGUGGAAACUGUUUGCGCCACUCUCAUCAGUGUUGUUCCGCCAAUUUUUGAAUUCCGGGAGUUCCCCCGAUUUUCGCGAAGGGAGUGUCUGCGAAAAUAAAAAGAAAAUAUACGUGGAAAAUGUUAGGAAUGUUAAAAAUGUUUUGUGUGUAGUGAAUGUAGUGAUCAGUGAAAAAUAUAUCGACAUUGGGACUUAUCGCAACUAAGGAAAAAACCUCGUGCUACUUUACUAUGUUGGUUUAGUUUAGUAGCUAUUCACAAAUCACCACAGCAAGUCUUCAGUAAUGCACCAACCGAUCAAAGGUGAUUAUAUGAGUCGAUUUCAAUGCGAAGGCGGUUUCUUACUGUACAUCAGCAAUUUUAUUCUGUGGCUAAGACAGAUCAAUAUGCCAGAGCUAAGAGUAAUUCGAAAGAAGAAACAAUUGGACAGUUUACAUGCUAUUGUUCUGCAAUUGAUCAACUAAAAUGUGAUUAUGAUAAAUCCAGCAACAGUUUAUUCUAUCGAUGCGUUAUCUUUUGAUAAGACGAAGCUGAAGCAAAAUUGAUAAACUAUGGAACUAGACACGGACUUCACAGCUAUUCUGCAUGAAUUCAUGCAAUUUCUCGAAUCUCUCAGCGAAGUAAAACUUCCCCCAAGUUUAGAAAAUGUUCGUGAAAAUCUUCUCUCCCGCUCGAAAGCGACUCUCCUCAAUCUUACAAUUGGUCCACCAUCAUCACCAGAACCCUAUUUGGAUAUGAAUGCUGGAAAGGGUCUCCUUCUAGCAGCAAAAUCCCAAAACGAAAUUCAAGAGUAUAUAGACGCUGAUCAAAAGUCAGAACCAAGAACUAGUCAAGAUUACUACGAGACUUUCCAAGAAAUAAACAAUCCUAAAAGCGAGACAUCUCUCUCGUUUGAGGGACAAAAUCAAAAUUCCUUUGAAGAUACUCUUGUUUCGAUUUACUCCAGUCUUUCUGCUGCUCAAACGAGAGAUACUUGUAAUAAAUGUGGCCAACUUUCCAGAAAGGGAGACAGAAAAAUUAUUCCAUUUAUUGAUUCAUCAUUUCGAUCCUGCUGGGUUGGUUUAGUAGGUUCACAUCUACUAAUCUAUGGGAGUGAAAAGGAUAGUCGACCAAACUCAGUUAUACCAAUUAGAGGAUACAGAGGGCGUCCAGCUCCAAGUAUCGAUUCUAAAAGAAGUGAUUCUGCUUUCGAAAUUUUCUGUCCUGGCCACAAAACUUUGCAGUUCGUAGCAAAGACACCGGAAGAGAUGGAAGAAUGGGUAUCAAUGAUCUGUGAAAUUAGUACCAAAGAGAAUGAUAAUAAAACACGCCUUGGUGAGUCUUCAUUCACCGAAACUGUGGAAAUGGAGCAGAAAGAAUCCAAAAGUUCUGAACCCUCAUUAAAAGCUGAAAGAUACCAGAAUACAGGAUUCAGGUCAUCAAAAAGCAAUGAAAAUUUGCUCAGUCUACAACCACCUCCAAUUCCAGAUUUAGAAAAAGACGCAAAGAAUGAAAUUCUUCUACGAGAAAAAUCAACGAAUGAUAAAACUGAUGAUGCUGAAAUUCCACCUUUACCAGCUAGAAUUCCUCGAAGACUGCCUUCUUUGCCUCACGAAGAGACCAUUUCCAAUUUUGAACCAGUAGACGAACCUUAUGAUGAGGAUGAUAUUUAUCACAAGAUUGAAGACUUUAGAGAUGGUACUGGUUAUCAGAAUAUUAUGGUCGCGAAAAAAGAAGAAGAGAGAAAGAAAGAGAGGAAAAAAGAAGAAGAGACGAAUUGCUUUUUGGAAACUUACGACGAUGUCGAUGAUGUUGCUGAAGGAAUUCGUGCUCAGAAAAUUGAAGAAGAAUCUAAAAUUGAAGAUAUUCAAGAAGCCUAUGAUGAUGUUCGACCUGUUAGUCAAGACAUUUUUUUGAAGAAGACUGAAUUCAAGAAGGGAGAAUGUGUGGUCGAUGCUGCUGAAUCGUAUGAUGAUGUACAGACAAGUGCAAUCGACCUGAAAGUAAAGUCCAUUCAUGAACCCAAAGAAGAAAAACUCUCAGGCUCAGAUAGAAUACAAGCCUCCAAAAAGUCCUUCCUCGACAAAAUGAGAAAUCGAAGUUACAAAGCGAAAAAAGAAGACAAGAAGAAACGAGGUGUCACUUCAACAACUUCAACAACUCCAACAACAGAAAAUUUGCCCACUUACGACGAUAUUUCUGUAAUAAAUUCAUCCCAAGAAAAGAAACUUGAAAUUCAAAUCGAAACCGAAUAUUUAUGCCCACCAGCUCCUCGACCAAUUUACUCAAUUCCUCCUGCAGUCACAACUUGUUCAGUCGAACAAUUAUACGACGAUAUUGCAGCUUGUCAAGAAAAAAUGACUAAAGAAAAUGAGAGACUUUUCGAUAAUUCCAUUAAUUCUACAACUUUAAGUUCAGGAUCUACAGAAAUGAACACCCCUCUCAUGAAGUUAGACAUAAUUCCUGAACAGUGUUUUAAUUCUGAAUUAAAAACUGAUGGAGAACCUGAAAUGGAAUUUGAGCAUUAUCAAACUCCGAGAAGUGAUCGAGUUUUGCAAGACGAGGAAGUUCUUUACGACGAUGUUGCUCUCUACACAAAAUUUAAAUCUAAACCGAGGGAAUUGGCUGUCUCGAAUUUUGAAAAGGUCUGGAGCCGAUUCAGCAGUGGAAGAAGUAAAAGUUCUGUGAACGAACCUGACGAGGUUAACGACUCAUCUUCUGCUUCAAACGACCAGCAGGAGGUGAGAGUUAACAGGUUUAAAAAAUUGGUUAACAAAAUUGAAAAUACAUUCGGCAUAUCUUCUGUUAAACCUUUGCCUUUGUCUAAUUGUAAGUCACAAUCCUCCAGCAGUGUCCUCUAAAGUUUAAAUAUUCGUCAGUUUAUUUUGUCUAAUUUUCCACCAAAUAUUGUUUGAAGUAUUUUGAAAAUAGAAUAGGUACGAUUUAUAUUUCCAAUGUAUUGUGAAUGAAUACUCAAUCAACUAUAUUGUAUUAAUUUUUUUUAGUUGAUUGAUAGACUGACUACUGCCAUUUUUAAGAUACGAGAAUAUAAUUUAAUAUUAAUUUUCGUAAUAUAUAGUAGAUGUCAAGCACAUUUUUAUGACAAAAUAGAUUGUGAUGCAGUUCCGAAAGGCUAUGAUUUACAAUUAAAAUAAAAAAAAAAUGAAAACUGUCUUGUAAAAAUAUUUAACAUGUUUAAAUGUAAAGAGUUAACUAUUUAAUGAUCUAUAAUAAUGAAUAGUUUCUGAAAUUAAGAAUAUAUGAAUCUGAAUUUCAAGCCGGACUUUAUGAUUUAAAAACGAUUUAAAAGAUUUGUAAAAUGAUUUUGGACUACGCCUUGCAAAUUGAAACCUUGAAGAAUUACACAUUCAGACAUUAUUGGAACUUUUUAAAGUAACUAAUUUAAAAUAAGAAGUUUGAAGAAUUUGAAUACUUAAAAACGAAAAGCCUUAA